AAGUGUUGCGACACUCAACAACUCUAUACACACUUACACACAGCCAGUUCACAAACAGACACGAACACUAAAACCUAUAAAACAGGGAUAUAUACAGGGGACAGAGACCAGGACCAGAGGAUUUACUGCUGUCAUUUAAAUGCCUCUUGAAAGCAGUGACCGCCACAAAGAGGCGAAGACAAAAAUGGAGAACGGGGGAGGCCGGCUGGAGCAGGCUCAGCAGGGAGUGGAGGAGGUUAAGAUCAUCAUGAUGGAGAACCUGAAGAGCGCCAGAGAGCGCGAGGGCAAACUGGGAGACCUGGAGAACAGAGCCGACCUGCUGCUGGAGAAGAGCAAGGUGUUUUCCAAGACUGCAACCCAAGUGAAGCACAAGAAGCAAUGGGAGAACCUGAAGUGGAAGGUCAUCUUGGUGGUCGUCUGCGUACUCGCUGUGAUCGUAAUCAUCGGGAUCAGUGUGCCGCUGUCCAUUGGAAGUACAAAAAGUGAUAAUUCUGAGCAUCCAGGAGACGGCUAGAUUCGGGACCUGUCCUAUUUUUGGAUGUUAACAUCCAGAGGUAUAAGCUAGAGGUCUAGAUGUCUGCACCCACGGUAUGGUACCUAUGGACAUUUGCUGCUGUUUUUGCCUCUGAAUGCUCAACAAGCUUAUGUUAAGGUGUCCACAUACUUGGAGCCAUAAUUUCUAUCAUAUAAAACAAUGAUGUGCUCUUAUGUGGUUCCCUACUGGUGAAAUGGAACACCAUUCUAUUAAAAGAACUGGUUUAAUGAUGGUGGAGGUUUAGUUUAGUCCAUUUUAUAAUGAUCAAACCCCCUGACCUGUUGAUGGGGGCAUGGUCGUCCAUAAAAGAGACUGUUUUCAUUAGGACAGAAAUGUUCCAUCAUUUCUCUUGUACCCUCUUACUGUAGGGGUCUAGUAUUUAGGCCUGUACCGUUCUCUUGGUGUACAAGUGUCAAUAUAGUGAAGGUGGAUGCUAUCCAGCACUUGGUUUCUGGGAACCUGUGUUUAAUUCUUAACUCUGGUCAGUGUCUGUUAAGGGUUUUCCAAGAUAUUCCCUCUUUCUAAAAACAUACCAGAAGGUCUUGGAAGUGAGUACAUUUGUGGGUGCGUCUUCUCCUUCGAUGAAUUGGCACCCUGUCCAAGUUUUGAGGGUAGGGGUCCGGACUCCCGACUCUAAAGGUGAAUUAAUGAACAUUUUGGUUUUUAACUCACACCGGGCUCACAUUGAUCCAAAAUUAAGGUCAGUCCAGCCUGGACGAUCACACCACAUGCCUGACAGGAAGCACCUGGACCUGUCCUGUUUUUCCACUCACUCAUUCAUGGAUUUCCUGCCAUUUGUCACUUGGGUUUAAAUAUAUUACAAGGUAUUUUCUCUAAGCCUGUAUCAGUAUGUCUGAUCAUCUGUUCAAACCUGUAGAUUCAUCUGACUUGUGAUAUUUCUGAUGUUGUGUUCAAUGCUGUAGAUAAAAAAAAACCUUGUCGUUGCAUUUUUCAGUUGCCACAUGUGCCUGUAACAGAGUUUUAAUUUGCCUUAGUGUACAAAUAAAGAUUUUUAUCCACAGA